UUCAUGAUUUGCAAAAGUAAACAAAUAAGUUCAUCGCCUAAAUUCUUUUAUUACCAAAAAAGAAUAAACUUAACUUGUUAUAAAUAACAUGUCUUCUUAUUUGUGUUUUAUUUGUCACAGUACUGUUAGCAAUGAGACAGUCGAGGAAAUCCGAGAGAAAUACAGAGAGGUAGUCGGGAUACCACUGUGUCCCGACUCACAACUCUGCUACAUUUGCUGUCAUAUCCUCAACAAGCUGCAUUUAUUCAAAACUGUAUGUUUCAAAAGGAGUUUGGAGUACCCAGUUCUAUUCAGUGAAAAAGGGACGCUUUACUUACAAAGAAAUGAUUUAGAUAUCCAUGUAAUAUGUUCUGAAGACUGUGAUAUCUACAUGCAAAAACCAAAUUUUAAAUCCUAUCAUUACAAUGACAAUAAUAUUAAUGAUAAUGGAAGCAAUAACAAAUAUGUUAAACUUGAAGACAAUGAUUUCCAUGAGUAUCUCAAUGAUAUAAAUAAUGAUUUCAACAAAAAUUAUGAAUUUGAAAAACAAAAUAACUUUAAUCAAAACUAUGAUUUUGAGAAGGAUAAUGCUGUAGAAUUAAUUAAUGACUAUGAAGUCAUACAUAAUGAAGAAAAGACCAACAAUGAUCCUUUUCAACAAACAAACCCUGAAGUGUAUCAAAAUGAUUUAGAUGAUGAUGACCAUGAUGCUAGUGAUAAUGUGCCAAAUAAGGAUUAUGGUAGCUUUGAUAUGAAUAAUGAAGAUGAUUAUGAUACUCAAUACAAUGAAACUCCAGAAAUUGAAAAGACUGUUUAUGAUAAUUACCAGAAGGAAAUAGAAGAAGUAACCAAUACAGAUACAGACACAUCCAAAACCAAAAUUAAAAAAUCAAAGAAACCCAAAAAAUGUUAUAAAAAGAUUGUACUCAGUGUAGAACAACAAAAAUCAGAAUUGGAAGCCAAUAGACGUAACAAAAAGUACAUAGAGGCAGAGUUUAAAUGCUACAACUGUGCCUUAAGUUUCCUGUUCAAGGAUACACACCAGGCUCACAUGAUGAGACAUGAAGAGUCUAACGGAGAGUUCCAAUGUCCAAUUUGCACGCUCAGAUUUGCCACUCAAGCAUUAUUAAGAUCUCACACGACAAGUCAUAUGGAGCGGUACAAAUGUACAAAGUGCCAGGAGAUCCUCAAACCAAAAUCUACAAAAACACAUCCAUGUGGUGCAAAAGAAAUACAAAAGAUUGCCUGCCAUCUCUGUGGAAAUUUGUUAAAGGAUGCGAAUGGUUUGCAGCAGCACUUACGGCGCGUGCACUCGACCGCCGGCCAUCAGCGGUUGAUGUCAUGCGGCGUGUGUGGUGAGCGGUACGCUGGACAAGCGCUCCGCACGCAUAUGAUAAAGCACAUCAAGAAGAAGUUCCCAUGCGACCAGUGUUCGUCUGUGUUCAGUAGCCCGUACACGCUGACGCGACACAAACGGAAGCACUCCGCGAUAACCGAGAGCCACUACUGUACGGUCUGCGGCGUGAGCUACACCUCGCGCAAGAGUCUGCUCGCGCAUACCCGCAACUCCGCCGUCCAUCAGAAUAAUAUGCUAGAGUGCGCUGUCUGCGGUCGCGCGUGCCCCGGUCGUCGCGCGCUGUCGCUGCAUGCCGCGCGCGUUCACGGCGGCCGCGAGGACCACACUUGCCCGCUCUGCCCCUCGAAGUACACGACGCGCGGUGCGCUGCUGCGACACAUAGACGGCCAUAACAAACCACGACGGAAAGCCGCCGUGUGUCAUCUCUGCGGGAAUAGCUUUAAGGACAACAAUAAAUUGAAAAGGCAUCUUCGAGACGUGUGUGAAAAAGACAAAAUUGAAGAAGAGUUUUCAACGAUAAUAAUGAAUAAUAUAGAAUGAAUACAACAUGUUCAA